AUGUUCCCAGCAACAACCCGCCGUCUCCCCAGAACCCUCACGUCAACGCUGACCCGCCGCCUCUCAACGCUCCCUAAAACCCCCCGUCCCAGUCUCAAAAGCCACCUCCAACCCUUCCAGCCUUCACAAAAAAGAUCCCUCUCCACUCUCCAAAAAUGGACCCUCGGCCUCAAACAAGCAAGACGUGACAUCUGGCGCAAGAACCCCAUCCUGCUCCCGCUCGCGCUUUUCUCCGCCGCAGCCGCCACCGCCAUAUUCACCUACAUCGCCUACGUCGAGUAUACGCGCGUGGGCCCGCAGUACCACAAGUUCCCGCCGCCGGUGGCGGAGGCGCUCCGCUCGGCGGUGUACUACACGGAGGUGGAUCUGAGCCCGCCGAAGGCGCUGCAGGCGUACAAGGAGGCACUGCGGAUUGGGAUUGAGAUGGGGAUGCAUCCGUAUUCGGACGAGGUGGUUGGGAUUAAGAUCCAGGUUGCGAUGAUGCUUGAGCGGGCGGGGUUGGCGAAGGCAUCGGUGGAGGUGUUGGAGCGCACAAAGGGGGAGAUUAUGGGGUUUGUGGAGGGGAAGGAUCGCGGGGAGGGGGUGAUUGGGGUGAAGGCUGAUAAGGAGGAUGGGGAGGAGAAGAGGAAGGAGAUGGAGGAGUUUGAAAAGCAGCAGCGGGAUCGGGUGCUCAAGAAGGCUGUGGGCAUUGAGAUGAAGCUUGCAGAGCUAUACUCCAGUGAUUAUAUCCAGGAUGAGAAGAAGGCGGAGGCGGCGCAAGUUGCGGCUGUGGAGCUGUGUUUGAAGGAGUUGCAUCGACGCCAGAGUCUGGGCCUCCCUGUGGGUGGCGGGUUGGAGGCUGAUAACACUGAGGGGUGGUUGAAUGUCACGGAGAUUGCGACGGCGUUGACGGAUCUGGCGGGUCGGUAUACGGCGCAGGAGAAUUAUGAGCUUUCGAUUCCACUCCAGAUGCGGGCGCUGGACCUGCUCCAUACCGAGGAAGGGGAUGCGCCGACGUGUAAGCAGGUUGUUCUGCUGAAUAGUGUUGCUGGGUGCAUGGCUGGACAGGCGCAGAAGCCCAUUAGGGCUGAGGACCCCAAGAAGGCCAGGGAGCAGCUUUUUGAUGCUGCCCAGCAGUGGGCGCAGAAGGCGAUUGACGUUGCAGCGAAGAUUCAGCCUCCUGUUCGGGAUGAGGAGUGUGAUACUUCUUGCGUGGCGGCAACCUUUAACCUGGGUUGGCUGGCGGAGUUCCAGGGUAAGGCGAAGGAGGCCGAGAGGCUCUACGGAGAAGCCAAGUCGCUGUCACAGGGUCUGGGCUUUGAACAGGGCGUUUCUAUGGCCGAUGCCGCUCUGAAGAGGCUCACGAAGAAAUAG